GGACCAGCACCUGACCUCAGGGGCAAAACCAGGCCCAGGGAGCACCCUGAGCGGCAAAAGCGGGCGCCCUCAGGCACCAUGAGCGGCCGAGUCGGGGACCUGAGCCCCCAGCAGCAGGAGGCCCUGGCCAGGGUGAGGUUCUUCGGGGGUUGGGAGGGCAGGGCCGGGAGGCUUGGUUUGCCUGCCCCACCCAGGGCCCUGGGUGAAUUCCUACUGGAGGAGAGAUGGGUCCCAGCUCAGAACUUCGACCUGAAGAAAUCCGAGGACAUGCUCCGGAAGCACCUCGAGUUCCGGAAGCAACAGGACCUGGACAACAUCCUCUCGUGGCAGCCCUCAGAGGUGAUCCAGCGGUAUGACUCGGGUGGUCUGUGCGGCUACGACUACGAAGGCUGCCCCGUGUGGUUCGACAUCAUCGGGAACCUGGACCCCAAGGGCCUCCUCCUGUCAGCCUCCAAGCAGGACCUGAUCCGGAAACGCAUCAGGGCCUGUGAGCGGCUUUUGCAGGAGUGUGAGCUGCAGAGUCAGAAGCUGGGCAGGAAGAUCGAGACGGUGCUGAUGGUGUUUGACCUGGAGGGGCUGGGCCUGCAACACCUGUGGAAGCCAGCUGUGGAGGUCUACCAGCAGUUUUUCGCCAUCAUGGAAGCAAAUUAUCCUGAGACAAUGAAGAAUUUAUUUAUUAUUCGAGCCCCCAAGCUGUUCCCCGUGGCCUUCAACUUGGUCAAGUCGUUCUUGACUGAGGAGACUCGACGGAAGAUAGUGAUUCUGGGCGGCAACUGGAAGCAAGAGCUGCCAAAGUUCAUCAGCCCCGACCAGCUACCUGUGGAAUUUGGGGGGAACUUGACCGACCCCGAUGGCAACCCCAAGUGCCUGACCAAGAUCAACUACGGAGGCCAAGUGCCCAAGAACUACUACCUGCACAACCAGGUGAGGGUGCAAUAUGAGCACACGGCGACCGUGGGCCGCGGCUCCUCCCUGCAGAUGGAGUUUGAGAUUCUGUUCCCGGGCUGUGUGCUCAGGUGGCAGUUUGAAUCGGAGAGGGCGGACAUCGGCUUCGGCGUUUUCCUGAAGACCAAGAAGGGGGAGCGGCAGCGGGUGGGGGAGAUGACGGAGGUGCUGCCCAGCCAGCGCUACAACGCCCACCUGGUGCCCGAGGACGGGAGCCUCACCUGCCUCCAGGCCGGCGUCUACGUCCUGCGCUUCGACAACACCUACAGCCUGAUUCACACCAAGAAGAUCAGCUACACCGUGGAGGUGCUGCUCCCCGACAGGGCCUCCCAGGAGAAAAUCCAGGGCCUCGAGGCGACAAAACCAUCCCCGGCACAAUGAAGACCCCGCUGCCUCCGCGCCUGGGUUCUGCACCCCCCGCUGCACCCACUCCCUGCCCCCUCUCCCGCCCGCCCCCCCAGGCAGGGUGCUGCUGGAGGCGACCCCGAGGGCACUCACCUCCCCUCAUCAUCUCAGCUCCUCCUGGCACACCCGGCCCAGGGGCCAAGCAGGAGGGGAAACCCAGUGCGUAGACCACCCUGAGGAUCCUGACGGGCAUCUGAUUACCUGUCUGCAAAGGCUGGGGAU